CCCACAUCAAUUCCUAACGUCUCUCUGUCUCUCUCAUUACCUACAUCUCAAGUUCAGCAGCAGUACCAACCAACCUUUCUCUGCCCCCCUGCUUUUAAUUAUCAUGGCUUCCUUCCACAACUUUCUUUCUUCUAAAGAUCUCAUUUUUCCUUUCUUAGUGUUAAUGUAAUCGAAGCUCCCUUAACAAAAUUCAAUGGGGAAGAAAGGAGGUAGCUCAUGGUUGACUGCUGUCAAAAGGGCUUUCAGAUCUCCCACUAAAGAUGACGACGAAAAGAGGAGAGACAAACGUCGAUGGAUUUUUAGAAAACCAACUAAUCAGCAGCCGGAGCCACUCGCUGCCCACCAGCCGCCGUCUAAGCCGGCACCGGCUCUACCCAUUGAUUCUGUAGCUUUAGAAGACCAGAAACAUGCGCUUGCAGUGGCUGAAGCUGCCAUGGUUGCUGCUAGAGCGGCUGCACAAGCUGUCCACCUUACCCGACCUGCUCGGCCUGGGUUGGAUCGACAUAGUCUCGCCGCCAUUGUGAUUCAAACGGCCUUUAGAGGAUAUCUGGCAAGGAGGGCUCUGCGGGCAUUGAAGGGGUUAGUGAAGUUGCAAGCAUUAGUGAGAGGACACAAUGUGAGGAAGCAAGCAAAGACAACACUGCAAUGUAUGAAAGCAUUAGUGAGAGUACAGGAAAAAGUGCUGGAUCACCGGAUGCGACUCUCCCUCGAGGGCAGCCGACGGUCGACCUUUAGUGACACCAACAGCGUCUACGAAUCUCGCUAUCCUCAAGACGUGUCUGAAAGGAAGACUAUUAAGUGUGUGUCAAGAGAAGGAAGCAGCAUUACGGAGGAUUGGGAUGAACGUGCUCACACAGUUGAAGAAGUUAAGGCAAUGUUACAACUUAGAAGAGAUGCUGCUUUGAAUCGUGACAACAUUUUAUCUCAUUCCUUUUCUCAGCAGAUAUGGAGGACUGGAAAGAGCCCAUCAAUAGGAAAUCAAACAGAGCUUGAAGAAGGACAAAAAUGGUUAGACCAAUGGAUGGCAAAGAAGCCAUGGGAGAGCAGGGCAAGAGCUUCCACAGAUCACAGACCACAGCCCCUUAAAACCCUUGAAAUCGACACCUCUCGACCCUACUCCUACUUAUCUCCCAACAAUCUCCACACAACAAAUUAUCAACCUCAAUCCCAAAGAUCGAACUCGCUUUCAUCCUCCUCCCCACUCCACAGAGCCCAUCAACACCAAUUCUCCAUCACCCCAUCCCCGUCAAAAUCACGACCAGUCCCUCAAGUUCGGUCGGCGAGUCCUCGCUACAGCAGAGAAGAUAGAAAUCAAAUCAACCAUCACCAAAUUACAUCCCAAACACCAAGCUUGAGGUCAAAAUAUCAAUAUCAAAAAGGGGGUAGUGGUGGAGGGACUUCAAUGCCAAAUUACAUGGCAGCAACAGAGUCAGCCAAGGCACGAGUGCGGUCACAAAGUGCACCAAGGCAAAGGCCAGCAACGCCCGAGAGGGAACGAGUUGGUGGGACUGCAAGGAAACGGCUAUCGUUUCCAGUACCGCCGGAUCCUUAUGGUAGAAUAGCAGGGUGUUCUGUUUAUGGGAAUAGCAUGAAGAGUCCAAGUUUUAAGAGUGCUUGUGGAAGGUUUGGUGGGUUAGAGGAACAGUCAAAUUAUUCUUCUUGCUAUACAGAAAGCCAUGGAGGAGAGGUUUCUCCAUCUUCAACCACUGAUCUUAGAAGGUGGUUGAGAUGAUGAACAAAGCCACAAAGUUGAGGAAUUUAAUUUUAAGAGGCUUUUGUACUUGAAGAUUUCGAAGUGUAAACAGGUUCAGCAGAUGAAUUAGCACUCAAUUGAAUAAUUUUCUUUUGUCCU